GCCCUAUCGACUGUCAGAAAGUUGUGUGAAUCGAACUUUUUUGUGGAAUGCAAUUUUAUUUAAUGCGUCUUUAUUUGCGUAUUUUCCCACGAUUUUACUGAACUUUCGCUCGAUAAUGAGUUGUUUACACCAUCCGCUAUAGUAAUAAAGCUGUAGAACUUGUAACGGUAGUGUACGUUAUCCAUUUAGCUGUGACCACUGUCAAACGCGUACCUGAAUUAAUUAUUUGAAUCACAAUGAAAGUGCAUUUAAAAUAACUGAGAGUAACUGAAGUGUAAAGGAUAUUGUCUGGUGGUGAUCGGUGUGAUUUUGCCUCAGUAUUGGGUGAAAUGGCUGAGAGCUCGUUCGUGGCAAAGCCGGCGCGAGGUUGGCUCCAUCCAGAUGCCGUCCUGGCUAGCGACGGAGUCACGUACGCAGUCAGGUAUAUUGGUUGUAUGGAAGUCCUGACAUCUAUGAAAAAAUUGGAUUUUGAAACAAGAUCCCAAGUAGCCAAAGAGUGCAUAGCCAGAGUAUGUGCAGCAGCAGGCCUAAGGUCAGCAGAUAAGAAGCGUCGGGUAAGCCAAGCAGCUGCCAGUGCCCUUACUGCUAAACCUCGAAUGGCGCAUUCCGGAUCAAAUGUUGCCUUAACGGUUUCAUCCAGAGCAAUAACAUUAGCUGCUUUAGAAGGAGGAGAAACCAUUGCCCGGCAUGACAUGCCCAGAGUGUCAUUUGCUUCUGGUGGUGAUGCAGAUUCACUAGACUUUGUAGCUUAUGUGGCAAAGUCAGCUCCUCCAGCUGAAUGGAGAGCAUGUUAUGUAUUGGAAUGUGGCGGCAGACUGGCACAAGAUGUUAUUGCAACUAUUGGACAAGCUUUCGACCUACGAUUUAAAGAAUUUCUAACGACACCUAGUCUAAACCUUAAUGGAUCUCGGGCGCUGUGUACCGGCGACUCGGCGCCGGUGCUAGAGGACCGCGAGUACUACAACGACAUGCCAGACAAAAUGCCACCCGAGGCCACACCGCAUAAGCACCCACCGCCGCCGCCGCUGCAGUCACUGCAGAAUCUUGUGCCCAUAUCCUCAUGUGAAGAGAGCGUACGACACUACGUAAACCAAACACCUCCACCUAGAACACCUCCGACGGCACUAUUACCUAACCACCAUACAGAUAUCUUUGAUAUGCAACCAUUCACGGUGACGUCGUCAUCAGCUGCGUCAUCUUCCGCGUCUGCAUCCUCGCCGGCUGACACGGAGCCGCUUACGGCCAAAGCGCAAGCGACCUUGCUCGCUCGCGAACCAUGGUUCCAUGGCCCUAUUUCUAGGAGUACUGCUGAAAAGCUGGUAGUGGAAGACGGUGAGUUCUUAGUCCGGGAAUCAGCAGCAUGCCCCGGACAGUUCGUGCUGACAGGUGCGCGUCGUGGCGUGCAUAAACACCUAUUGCUCGUCGAUCCUAAUGGAGUGGUGCGAACAAAAGACCGCGUAUUCGAGAGUGUGCCUCACCUGAUUAAAUUCCACUGCUCCAACGAAUUGCCGAUCGUCUCUGCUGACUCUGCCCUUCUGCUGCGCAAACCUGUGCUACGUACUAGUGCCUCCUGAGACUCAAAGGGGCGUGUGCCUAAGCCCCGAGAUUAGGCUGUUUUUAGAGUUGAUCAUUGUAGGAUCAUGUUACUAUGAAGCAAGAUGGCUUCGUUUGCAUAUAUUGAAAGGUCUUUAAGCUUGGAACAAAUCCCAAUUACAUUCAAUCGUAACAUAUCUGAGCGCAAAGAACGCUGCUUCUUGUAAUGAUGGAGCAAAAUGUACGCCAUUUUAAUCGCGUUUUUGGGCUUUAUUUGUCCUGUUUGUUGUCAUGGUGUAUGACCUGGACCCGGUAGUGUUAGCACAGGCGCAAUAUAAAUCAUACAAUAAUGUCUAAUCAUAUUCAGAAUGGCAAUGUUGUAACCACUCUUGUCUUCUCUCACAUGUUAAUUAUGAUACGAGUGAAAGAGAAAGUAUGAAUAUAAUCAGGUUCUAAACACGAUACACAGUGUCGCGCUUACUUUUUAAAAAGUAAUUAUCCGAGUGACUAUACCUACCUAUAAAUACAAUUAUAAAUAAAAAUAUAUAGUUGAAAGCAACGAAUUGUAAUUUAAAACGUUCUCGUGUAUAAUUGUCGCACUAAGUAUGUGUACAUCUAGGUACUAGUACACCUUUGAAAGUGGGCAGUCUGUCACUUUUACUGCAAAUGUGUCCGUUACUGUGUACGAUAUGAUGACAAUUAUGUAUUAAAAUGGAAUUUGCAUUGUAUAAAUAAUAUAUAAAUUUCCAUCGCAACUAUCCCAAUUUUACCUGACUUGUUCAUACUCUUAAUUCUCAGCCUGCCAAAUUUGUACUAUACGAAGGUGCCUCAUUUCUGUCUGACGAAAUUAACUAUCUUUAUUUACACAGACAUGUAAUAUUUAUAUACAGAGGAAUAAUCUUAAGUAAUAGGCUUUUAUUGUAUGGAUUCCAACAUAUAUUUUUCGAUAUUUUAUUAUAAGCAAUUAAAUUUAAAUUAUUUACCAAAGUCGUGAAUUGAUGAUAAUGAAUUGAGUGAUAUAUGAUCUUGAAUUAUUUUAAGUAAUACUAGUCUUCGCCAAACUUGUAUUUACUGUGAAGGCUGCCUUAGAUAAUAAUUAAUAGCGCACAUUUCCAUUAUACAUUAUUUACAAAUACGGUUUAUUAUCAUGCAGGUUCUUUGCUUAACGGAAACGCAGUUUCAGACACAAUAAUUAUUGUCAAGGUCCAAUUAUGCCGUGCAUCCGAAAGCCAAAUUAGUGCAUUUUCUAAUCUCAAUCUCCUAAUAAAUUUUCUGAUUAAUAAUAAAGAACUCUCUCUAUUAAUGUUAAGAUUUGAACUUAAUUAUUUUUUUACAGUCAACACAGGUGCUAAAGGCUUACUUAAUUUUUAAUAUAAAAUAAACUAGGCCAUAUAAAAUACAUAGGCCAUCACAAAACCACAUAAGUUAGUAAGAAAUAGCGAAAUUCUAGAUCUUAUUUUUUAAAGAUUAUUUUUAGGCCUUGUCUAAUGUGCUAUUUGUAGUUACGCUUAAUCGCAAGACAAAACUGUGUCACUUACAAUGUUUUAAGUCUUCCUACCAUCCCAUUGAUGUUUAAUUAUUUAGUAAAUAAAGUUUAUUGCUUAUAAGAAUAUUAUAAUUCAGUUAGCACAAGUGUUUAUUGAUAAAAACUUGAUAUAUUGAUAUCUAAAUGUAGUUUAUGCAAUAUGUUACUAUUUCAUGUAAUUGUAGUAAUACGUUU